AUGGCACCGUCGGAGGAGUCUAUUCUGGGUAGUUUUCUACUGUCUCCCGCGUCACUACCGACCGUCAUCUCGUUGCAGAAGUUCACUGAGCUCUUUCCAAAACGCUUCCAGUCUCAUCCCCAAAUCAAGGUCCUGUACCGGGAAUUGCAAGAACUGCGCUCCCAGGACAUGGAUCUCAUCUCGGAACAUAUCCUGGAUGAAGUCAAGGCCGGUGAACAGCAGAAAGCCGACUUGCUCGAAGCUGCCAAGGAAACGGGAGUCGCUGGCUUUGGCGAUGCUGACCAUCGCGAGAUGAACCUAGAUGUCGAGCUAUUCGGUCCAGCAUCUAGCACCCAAGCUGUGGGAUAUCAUUCCGUCUCAAGUCUUCUUUCAGAAAUGGAGAGUUCCUGCGCUGCUUUGGAGAGAGAGGUUGUAGCUGCAGAGGAAGAAGCGAGCACCACUCUGACGGCAGUAAAACAAAUUGUCAGUGACCUGAGUGAUCUUCGUUAUGGCAAAUUGAACAAACCCGGGGUCAACCCUGAUGAAUUUACGGGCGAGAUCAUUCGAGGUCUACAAGGUCUUCAAGAUGCCUGCGAUCAUGCUUAUGACAUGGAGUCGUGA